AUGCUGUUAAGGAAUGGUGCGAGCGAAAACGAAGGCAUACUCGGGAUCUAUCACGGCGGCGUCUGGGGCACGAUCUGUAAUGAUGAUUCCUUUUCGCACAUCGAAGCCCUAGUUGCCUGUCGGCAUCUCGGCUACGACAUGGUGACUAGAUUCGCCACAUCCAUCACCCCCGGAUGGGGUGUUAUUCAGCUGGAUGCAGUGAGCUGUUAUGGGUAUGAAUUGACUCUUGGUAACUGCGCUCAUGGAGAAUGGGGGAAUCCUUCAUCAUCAUGUACCUAUGAUACGGAUGUAUGGCUGAGCUGUGAGAAUAAACCAGCCGAGCAUGGUGCCGUCCGCCUGGUCGAUGGAUUUACGUCAUCACAGGGGCGUGUCGAAUACUACGACGACGGUCAAUGGUCAACCAUCUGCGACACCGUGGGCGAUUUGAGAAAAGCAACCGUGGUGUGUCGGCAACUCGGCUACCUCACAGCCAGCGAAGCAUUCGGUGGAUCGUAUUUCGGCUCAGGGUCGUCGGAUCAGCCAAUCGACGCCGUUAGUUGUCAUGGUUACGAGGCGGCGUUUGAAGACUGUGAUCAUCGCGUUUUUAGCCCUGAGAACUGUGAAUACCAUGAGAAUGAUGCUGGGGUUAUCUGCAACGACCAAGCUUAUGAAGGGGACCUCCGCCUGGUGAAUGGAUUGGACUACACAGAGGGUCGACUCGAGAUCUUCCACGAUAACCAAUGGGGCUCGAUCUGCGACACCAACUGGUUCGGCGACGACGCUACGGUCGCCUGUCGUCAGAUGGGCCUCGGUAAUGUCAAGUAUGCUUACCAGGACUAUGGGCAAGGCCAGGGACCUGUACAUCUAGAUGAUGUGGAAUGUAGCGGUACUGAGAUGUACAUUACGACCUGUCAGAAGGGUGAUUGGGGAGUAAACAACUGUGGACACGAUUCAGAUGUCGGCAUGUCGUGUUUUCUCUUUGAAGAGCCUGAAGACGAUAGCGUUCGUCUUACCGGUGGAACAAGCUUCAAAGAGGGCAGGGUAGAGGUCUACCAUGAUUAUGCUUGGUACAGUGUUUGCAGGGACACGUCAUGGGGUCAAGUGGACGCACAGGUCAUCUGCAAUGAGCGUGAACUCGAACUCGAAUCUGAAGACGAGGAUUUCGGACCGGGUCUCUACCCCGGGAUCAUAAGCCAUGUUGACUGUGUAGGCACAGAAAUUGCUCCAUCGGAAGGGGAUAUACGACUGCGGGAUGGACAAACCUUUGACGCAGGCCGGCUCGAGAUAUACCACAACGCCGUUUGGGGGUUCAUAUGUAGGACCAACUGGGAGAUGAGCGAAGCUAAAGUAGCCUGUCGCCAACUCGGCUACGACCACGUUCUCCAAGCUCGCCUCUCAACUGACUACAUUUCCAGGCCCGUUCACCUUGACAACAUCCAGUGCGAAGGUGAUGAGGAAAGGCUGGUCGAUUGCGAGCAUGAUCCUUGGGGCGAUGUCAACUGCACGGCAUCGUAUGGGGUCGGAAUUUCCUGCUCUGAAACUCCAGUUGAAGAACAUCUUGAAGGAUGGGCCAUCACCUUCAUCGUCAUCGUUGUCAUGGUACUCGUAUUUGGAGUUAUAUACAUUAUAAACAUUAUAUACAAGCACCGGGUAGAAUACGGCGUUGCUUGUUUUGGUGGGUUUAUUGGGCUUUGCUCUGAAUGUGGCGAUUGUUCUGAUUGA